GCAGCACACAAUGUACAUCCACAUGCAGACGCAAUCCGAGCCAUAAAAGUAUGAAGUGGCGGCUCCUGAUCUUGACCCCGCGGUCAGCAAUCUCUACUCCCCCCUAUCUUUUUGUUCUUUCUCUCCUGCUUCCUCUGCCCACUCCUCCUUUCCUUUAUAUAAAGUUCUGUCUCUACCUCCCCAUCUCUCAGUGUCAUCGAUAAUUCUCUUUCUUUCUCUCUCUCCGUGUCAAGGGGGCUUUUGGCCAAAAGUCGUCGCCAUGGAGGUGAUGAUACCGCCGAGCAUGGAGUUCGACUUCAACAGCGCGCGUUCCUCUCCGCACGCGAGCGCUCCGGGAACGCCGAAACGCUUCGGCGAGUGCUUCUUCAGCGCUCCGACCAGCCCUGCUCGCAUGGCCGAUUUCUACCGCGAGUUUGACGAGUUCUCCGCGAAAAACCUGAGCGACCCUUCUUCUUCUCCUUCUUCAUGUUCGGCCACUGUUCCAUUCGUUUGGGAAGAGAAGCCCGGCACUCCAAAAUCACCGCGGCCGAGGACUUUCGGUAGGGAACCCGUUGAUUAUAAAGAUGAUGGUGAUGAUGGAUUCAACUUCGCUUUCGACUUGAGCAAGGACUCGGAGAGGCACUCUCUUUCGGCUGAGGAGCUCUUCGACGGUGGGAAAAUCCGCCCGCUCAAGCAUCCGCCGAGGCUACAGAGCAACCGCUCAGCUCUGAUGCCUCCGAAGAGCCCGCUCGCGCCAUCGCCCAAGACUCCGAGAUCGCAAGCCAGAGGCAUGUUUUCGCCUAGAGCGAGAAAGGAAAGCGACCCUUUCGAAGCAGCAAUCCAGAACGCUAGGAGGAGCGCAGAGCCCCGCCAAUCCAGAGGCAGAGAGAGGUUGCAAGGUUCGAAUUCUGGCCGGAGAGGGGCCCGGUCGCUGUCCCCAUACAGGGUCUCUGCCUAUCCCUGGGAGGAAGAAGAGAAACAGCUGACCAAGCAGAGGCCAACGUCCAAGCCCCCCUGUUUCACGGGUCCUUCGGCUUCGUCUACAUCGAAAGGGUCGUCCAAGAAGUGGAGUUUGAAGGACUUUUUGUUGUUCAGAAGCGCAUCGGAGGGUCGGGCCACUGACAAGGACCCAUUCAGGAAGUACGCGGUGGGUGCGCUCAGGAAGGACUCGGUGAGGAACGCGAGCUUCCGUUCCAUCGACAGCCCCACCGGUUCCAUGUCGCGGAGGCGAGGCCCAGUCUCUGCGCACGAGCUGCACUACACCGUGAACAAGGCGGUCUCGGAGGAUCUGAAGAAAAAGACCUUCCUUCCUUACAAGCAGGGGAUCCUGGGGAGGCUGGCUUUCAAUCCCGCGGUCCAUGCCCUGGCUAACGGAUUCGGGUCACUGUAUCGGCAAUGAAAUUUGAUCUUAAUAUGAAUCUUUUGUUCGUCUGAAAAUCAUAGUUUUGUUUUCCCUUUGCUUAUGUAAAGUGAUUUCUUUGUUCAAGUGUAGAGUUCUUUUCGUGAGGAACGUGUUUCGUAUAUGUUGUAUGAUCAAGGAGAAGAGAUCUGUUCUUUCAAUGAUUAA